UGUUUUUUUAAACUACUGAAGGAAAGAAAAAAGGGUCUAAUGGGAGAGAGUCUCUGCUUGAGCUCAACCUGACAGAAGCUAGGGGGUUUGAAGAGAUAAGGGGGAGAAAGAAGAGCAUGCAGGCCAUCUGAGUCAGGCAUUCACAAAGGUGGAAUGUUGUGUGCAGAGAACCACAAAUAGGCCACUUGGAUCAGAAUGUAGAGCACAUGAGGAGAACCAUUGUGUUACUAACCCCAAAAGACAAGCUGGAACUUAUUGUGAAGGGUUUCAGAUGCUAACAAAAGAUUUUGUAUUUUAUUGUAUUAAGGAUCUACUAAAACCCGAGCAGGGCAAGUGGCAUGGUCAGACCUGUACUUGAAGAAAAUCUUGUUGGCGGCUGGAUGGAGAUGAACUGGAGAGGAGAGAAACGAUGCAGAGAGACUUAUUAGGAGGCCAUUGUGAUAGUUCAGACGGGAGGUGAUGAGGUCUCUCAGUCAGCUGAGGAGGAUUCGGAUUGUAACGCCCAUCCUGAGACCCUUCCCCUCCCUCGUCCUUUGAAACUGUCAGGUGGGCACGAGGUCUGGUCGCUAAGCUGCCCCCAUGGAAGGGCGAGGACCGUAUCGGAUCUACGACCCCGGUGGUGAGGGCAGGCAAGGAGAGGCGUCUGCAGCUUUUGAGCAUCUAGUGGAGGAGAAUUCCCGACUGAAGGAAAAAAUGCAAGGGAUAAAGACGUUAGGGGAAUUGUUGGAAGAGUCCCAGAUGGAGGCAUCCAAACUGCGCCAAAAGGUAGAGGAACUGGCCAAGGACGAAGAGCUUCCCCAGCCAUCUCCUCCCUCAUCUUCCUUUGACCACCUAGCUGAGCUCACAGGAGGGAAUACAAAUCUUGAGUCACCUCCAGACAACUCAACUCGCUCCAGGAAUGAGCAGGUACCUACAGUUCAGAAGCCUCCAUCCAGUGGUACCUCAUCAGAGUUUGAAGUUGUCUCCCCAGAGGAUAAAUCGCCUUCUCAUGGCAGUGGUAACAGUGGCAUGUUGGAUUUGGCACCCUUGCCCAAAGAGGACAGCAAUCUGAUGCUACAUUUGCAGCGAUUGGAGAGCACCCUAAGUGUCUGUGCAGAGGAGCCUGACCAUACCCAGGUCUUCACCCACUUAGGUCGAAUGGCCCUGGAAUUCAACCGGCUAGCCUCUAAGGUGCACAAGAAUGAGCAGAGAACCUCCAUCCUUCAGACACUGUGUGAGCAGCUCCGGAAUGAGAAUGAGGCCCUAAAAGCCAAACUGGAAAAGGACCUAGAACAGAGGGACCAGGCCACAGAAAAGCUUCGGGAAGAGAACCUGGAGCUAAAGAAGUUGGUUAUGAGCAGUAGUGGCAAAGAGGGAGGAGCCACUGGGCUGCCAGCUGGACUAAAAACAGAGGGCUCAGGCCGGAAAUCAUUGGCUAGGCAACAGCAGGCUGGUGUGAGCCCAGGCAAUAUUUCUGAGGCAGGGACUAUGGGAGCUACUGAGAAGAAAGUAAAGAUCCUUGAGCAGCAGCGGAGUGAGCUUCUGGAGGUGAACAAGCAGUGGGACCAGCAUUUUCGUUCCAUGAAGCAGCAGUAUGAACAGAAGAUCACAGAAUUACGUCAGAAGCUGGCUGAUUCUCAGAAGUUGGUGAACGAGCUGGAGGCUGACCGAGAGCAGAAGCAGCGAGACUUUGACAGGAAGCUUCUCCUGGCUAAGUCCAAGAUUGAAAUGGAGGAGGCUGAUAAAGAGAGAUUAACAGCAGAAGGCAAGGAAUUGAGACAGAGGGCUAAGUACCUCCAUGAUCAACUGGUUCCGCUUACUCAGCAGCGAGAAUACCAGGAGAAGGAGAUCCAGCGUCUGAACAAGGCCCUGGAGGAAGCCUUGAACAUUCAGGCCUCUUCAUCUCCGGCACCCACUGCCUUCGGAAGUCCUGAGGGGCCAGGAGGGCAUCUGCGAAAACAAGAGCUGCUCACCCAGAAUGAACUAUUGAAGCAACAGGUAAAGAUCUUUGAAGAGGACUUUCAAAGAGAACGGAGUGAUCGUGAACGAAUGAAUGAGGAAAAGGAAGAGUUGAAGAAGCAGUUGGAGAAGCUUCAGGCCCAGGUUACCCUGUCUUAUGCCCAAUUAAAGGCUUUCAAGGAGGAAGAGAAAGCCAGGGAAGCCCUCAGGCAGCAAAAGCGGAAGGUGAAGGCCUCAGGAGAGAGAUACCACCUGGACCCCCUGCAGGAACAUAUUUGUGGGACCUUUGCCUAUGCAUACCAACCAGUACCCCAACUCCUGCACCACCAUGGUUUUGAGGACUGGUCAGAAAUCCGAUACCCACCACCUCCAAUGGCCACAGAGCAUCCAUCUCCAAUCCCCAACUCCCGCCUCUUCCAUCUGCCAGAAUACACUUGGCGCCCACCAUGUGGAGUGAUGAGGAACCAGAGCUCCCAGGUUGAUGCUGCCCUGGUCCAGCCUUCAGAGCCAGAACCGACUGAUCAUGGAUUACCAAAGAACUAGAGGCCAAUCUAACCAUAUGACCACAGCUGCUAUUGAAACAAAAUUGAUGGGGCAGUAGGAGCACAGGGAGGGGACUGGGCCUUGUGUCUGUCCUUUCUCUUCACCUCAUCCCCCAACCUGGACCCUUCACAGACCACUGGGUUUUCUGCUUGUUAGGAGCUCUUUGUUUUCUAGCAAGAGUACCUGUGGAAGACUUUUGUUUCCUGUCUAGAAAUAGGAAAGGUAGGAUGAGAGAGGAGCUGGGGUCUAGAUCUCAGAGAAAAGGAGUAUGGAGCCACAGUGGGCUCUGUCACUCCCCAGCCAGUCAGAAUCCUUCAGGUAACACUGUCAAGAGAUAUUGACUGUAUGUUUCCCUUCCCUGAUCCUUCUUCCCAAAUGGACACAUCCUCUCCUGGGCCAGUGUAGUAUGUGUUGGUCAUGGUGUGCAUCUUUGUUUUCAGACUCUAAAAGUCACUUCCCAACAUCCCCUCCAGAAAAGAUGCUGUAGAGGAUGCUGUUUGUUUUAGGAGAAAAGAGUUGACAAGAUGUUAAUGUUUCUAGUUGAGUGCCCCAUUUUUGAGCCUUAACUUCUCUCCCGGCCCCUGGUCUUUUUCCUCCAACCAUGCUGGCAAGAUACUUUGCAAGGUCUCCUGUGCCUCCAACAGUGUGGCAAGAGUGUUUAGGUUCUUUGUGGUCACCACGGCCUUUGCCUGUUGUUCCCAGAGUUUUAAAUGGACUUGGGUGUGUGGCUUUGAAAGGAGAACAAGGAGGAGAACACAGUGGUGGCAUGGACUGGAGUGUGAUUGGGCAGCCUGGGUCAGCUGUGGGGAGAUCUCUGAGACAGAAAACAAAGCUGAAGUUUUGACCCAGUUUUCCCUCACAUCCUUUUUCUUACCUCAUGGAGAGCUAGAGUGCUCUCGAGUCUUUUUCUUGCCUGGCCACUUUGUCACCUGACCCCUUCUCCCUGGUCUCAUCUCCCAUUUCUCCUUCCCUUCCAAGAAUGAGCCGGGGAAUGAGCUUCCCUCUGGAAAGAACCAAGCAGGAGCCAGCUAAGUUCCUGCUUUCUGUUCUGAGACCCCUCCCCCAUCAUAGCUACAAAUUCUGAUAGCGUUUUCUUCUCUAGGGAAGUCCCACUUUUCCAGAUAAAUACUCCAGACCCAAGCUAGUGAAGCACCUUAGGGUCUCAGACUCUGGAAAUCAGCACAUUUAAAAAUAAAAAGCUAAGUCCUUGGUCUCUCCCUGGGACAGUAUGCUCAUCACUCAGAGUCGUGACAUAUCACUUGUUUGGGGCUUUGGGGCUGAAGGGCUAGCUUUGUGCUUCCCUUGGACCCAUUGGACAAUCUCCCACUGAUCUCUCCCCUCUGAGGUCAGGGACUAUUGUUUGCCACAUCUAUUUUCUCCUCCCCAGGACUUUGUACAUAGUAGGUCCUUAAUAAAAAGUUGUUGAAUGAA